CACGGCCAAAACUUUUUUACCAGCGACGACAAACCUGAGCGAACCGCCUAAAUUCGACACAAUGGCACCAAAGAGUGGACGCAAGGUCGCCGCGGCGCCUCUGGCGGCUAAGAGUUCAUCCAGCAAGAAGGCCCCCAAGAACCCUCUCCUUGAGAAGCGGCCACGCAACUUUGGCAUCGGCCAGGACAUUCAGCCCAAGCGCAACUUGAGCCGUUUCGUCAAGUGGCCUGAAUAUGUUCGCCUUCAGCGCCAGAAGAAGAUCCUUAGCAUGCGCCUCAAGGUCCCCCCGGCGCUUGCUCAGUUCCAGAACGUUCUCGACCGCAACCAGGCUGCCCAAGUUUUCAAACUCCUCAACAAGUACCGACCAGAGACGAAGGCCGAGAAAAAGGAGCGUUUGACGAAGGAGGCAACUGCAAUCAAGGAAGGAAAGAAGCGUGAAGAUGUCAGCAAGAAGCCAUACACAGUCAAGUACGGUCUCAACCACGUCGUCGGUCUGAUCGAGAACAAGAAGGCCUCUCUCGUUCUUAUUCCAAACGACGUUGAUCCCAUCGAACUCGUUGUCUUCCUUCCUGCUCUUUGCCGCAAGAUGGGUGUUCCAUACGCCAUCAUUAAGGGCAAAUCUCGUCUCGGCACUGUCGUCCACAAGAAGACUGCCGCCGUUCUUGCUUUGACUGAGGUCAGGUCAGAGGACAAGGCCGAGUUCUCUAAGCUCGUGUCUGCCAUCAAGGAUGGCUACACUGAGAAGUAUGAGGAGAGCAGAAGACACUGGGGUGGUGGUAUCAUGGGCGCCAAGGCCAAUGCCCGACAGGAGAAGAAGAGGAAGGCUCUUGAGUCCGCUAUUAAGAUCUAAGCGGCGGGGGUCUCUUUGCGCAGAGGUGGAAGGAAUGCAUCAUGGUACAGGGCGUGUCCACAAAAUUAGCCGGCGUAUGGUCAAGGGCAUGGAUUUUUUUUGUCGCUUCGCCAUAAGCGGCAUGAAAUGACAAUAUGAGUUACCACUUGUGUGUCUCGGCUCUUGCUUCUCAAUUUCCCUACGUUGAUCGUCACGCAAUUUAGACCACUAAUGCACAAACCUGCAUUACGUUGAUUCAAUUGAUACAAUGAGGAACAAAAAAUCGUGAUAUGCUACGCGAAUCACGACUCUGACUUAGUACAAAUCAGUCUUGAUCCUCUCUCCUUCACGGAUAAGGAUCAUCAAAAUUGAUCCAGCCCAAGAACGGGGUUCAGACUGAGUAUCCGAAUAUACGCCGCUCGUCUUCUGUGUUCUGCUUGAUGCUCUCGAGUGAAUUAGCA